CACAUUUAACUUCACUUUCAGUUUCCCUGAAAGUUCCUUGAUUAGUCGACGCCAUAGCAGUACAGCUUCAGAGAUUUGAUGGCAUCGCACUUUACUUUAGCACCUCUCUAAUUAUCUGACCACGCCUCGAUUACAGGCGGUAGGACGACCGACUGAAAGGUGUUAAAAACGUAAGUACAUUUGAAGCGAAAAUUUACUCCGAAUUUUAUCUCUGAUUAUGUGUUUAGAUCUCGUUAGGUCUGUUAGAUAUGCACGGAGAUCAAGGGGUAUUAUAAAUUUAGCAGUUUUAGUGCAGUCUGAGGUGUGUUUCAGUUAUUGACCGUUUUGAGCUAGUACUUCGUUUCUUUUGAACUGUGAGAACAAGUAAAAACCCUCAUUAAAUAUUCAAGAACGCACUCUUUAUACCUCGAUCAUACUCCGAGGAAGUUAAGUCAGUCAGCCGAAACUAGGUCAUAUUUAAUCUCACUUUCAAUUUCACUGAAAAUUCCUUCCCUGACAAUUAGUCAACACUCUAUAGCAUUAAGAUUUAUUAUUUGAUCGCAUUACAGUUUACAGCACCCUUCGAACGCCUAGAACAGACAAGGGGACGGAAAACUUUGUGAAAUCGCAAGUUUGCAUUUUGGAAGCGAAAAUUCUACGCUGAACUGAUCAAAUGUUUAAGUGCGAUGCUCACAUCACAGUUUACUUUCGGCACUUCUCAGUGUCUAUGAAUCGAUAAGAAUACAGAACAAAAAAGAUGUCUUAAGAACGUAAAUACGAGGAUUUAAGGCGAAAAGUUGCUUUGAAUUCGAAGUUUAUCUCUCUGAUCAUUCAGAUGCGCCCUCGACGAUCAAGUAAUGCCAUGAACUUAGCAAUUUCAGCGGCCUUCAGUACUGGUUUGUUUGAGAAGACAUUAGAAGAUGUUUCAAUCUGUGAUUGACUGGCUUCCCUAAGUAAUCGAUUGAAAAAAAGAGUUAAACGAGUAAACGGCAGCCACAUUAGAUAUCAAAGAGGCCUUCAGCGGUAGACGCAUAGUCUGUAAACAUGAACAGUUCUGGCGAUUUACAUAUAGAAGGGAAUAAAACAUUAUGAAGGCCUCAUCUAUGAAAUCCCGUGACUUCCAAACCCCCAUACUUUAACACGCUGUCUUCUUGUUUCAGAACUGUCAGAGUACCGUAUCCGUAGCCUGCUUGGCCAACGAUUUCGUUUUGCCAAAGUUCGUGCAAGGGAAUCUUCCGGAAACCCUUGCUACGCACUGGUAAAUAUUCAAGAAAGUAGUUCAUAUGUCGUAAUUAUAUGAAGCACCGUAUUUGUUGGGUAGCCAGCCGUCCGCGCUCAUCAUAAACUCAUUAUAAACUCUGGACUGUAAUGGUCCCUCGUCCAUCACGGGUGCUCCAGUUUUUUUUUUCUGAGAAAAUUCGGAAAUCACUUUUUCAAAAAGUAUUUAAGCCACGCCCGUUAAGAGAAGAAGUGGGUAAAUAAACAAGAAAGAAUAAAACGAAAAGGAAAGGACAAGAAAAAUAACUGACAUUUAACUUUAUUAUAAGUAGGAUCAACAUUUCAUCACAACGCUAAUUCAAGACAAUCUUUAAUAGCUUAGAUUCUGGAAUCUGCGCUGUGCCUCCGGAUUCCAGACACUGGAUUCUGGAUCCCUUGACGGUGGAACUUGGAUUCCAUUUCUAAUCGUUCGUGUGAUUCCGGAUUAGAAUUCUGGAUUCCGAAUCCCAGCAUUCCAGAUUCCCCAAGCAACAACUUUUAAACUUCCGGUUUGCGGAUUACCUUGCAUGGGACGCAAGUUCCACGCAACACCGGCUGGAUAAUAGCAAAUUUAUCUCGUCCGUCAGCAAUAAUUCGCUUCUUUGUUUACUAAAGUAAAUUUAGUUGGUUGGAGAUCAUGUGUUAAUUGUUCUAAAGUCCAUAUAGUCAUCAUGUGACAUUAAGAACAGCCCUCCUUGUUUUCAUUCUGGAGUGAGGGAGGUGUGACUGGGGAAAAUUUGCCAAUAUCGCCAGUAUCCAUAAUCAGAGAUGUGCUCUUGUUAGUUAUAAUAUCCUCAUUUAUAACGUGACAAAACAGCCCUAAAAGCACGUUGUUUUCUUCUUUUUUCUUUUUUUUUCUUUUUCGCGCAUUUAUCUUUUAAAACACCCAUUCAAGAAAGUACGUUCCUCCCCUAGACUCAGUCAGAGGAGGUCAAGUUAGUCAGCCGUAGCAAGGUCAUAAUCAGUCGAUAGCACAUUUAAUGUCACUUUCAGUUUCCCCGAAAGUUCCUUGAUUAGUCAACGCCAUAGCAGUACAGCUUCAGAGAUUUGAUGGCAUCGCACUUUACUUUCGCACCUCUCUAAUCAUCUGACCACGCCUCGAUUACAGAAGGUAGGACGACCGACUGAAAGGUGUUAAAAACGUAAGUACAUUUGAAGCGAAAAUUUAAUCCGAAUUUUAUCUUUGAUUAUGUGUUUAGAUCUUGCUAGGUCUGUUAGAUAUGCACGGAGAUCAAGGGGUAUUAUAAAUUUAGCAGUUUUAGUGCAGUCUGAGGUGUGUUUCAGUUAUUGACCGUUUUGAGCUAGUAUUUCGUUUCUUUUGAACUGCGAGAACAAGUAAAAACCCUCAUUAAAUAUUCAAGAACGCACUCUUUAUACCUCGAUCAUACUCCGAGGAAGUUAAGUCAGUCUGCCGAAACUAGGUCAUAUUUAAUCACCGAAAAUUCCUUCCCCGAUAAUUAGUCAACGCUCUAUAGCAUUAAGAUUUAUUAUUUGAUCGUAUUACAGUUUACAGCACCCUUCGAACGCCUGGAACAGACAAAGGGACGGAAAACUUUGUGAAAUCGCAAGUUUGCAUUUUGGAAGCGAAAAUUCUACGCUGAACUGAUCAAAGGUUUAAGUGCGAUGCUCACAUCGCAGUUUACUUUCGGCACUUCUCAGUGUCUAUGAAUCGAUAAGAAUACAGAACAAAAAAGAUGUCUUAAAAACGCAAAUACGAGGAUUUAAGGCGAAAAGUUACUUUGAAUUCGAAGUUUAUCUCUCUGAUCAUUCAGAUGCGCCCUCGACGAUCAAGUAAUUCCAUGAACUUAGCAAUUUCAGCGGCCUUCAGUACUGGUUUGUUUGAGAAUACAUUAGAAGAUGUUUCAAUCUGUGAUUGACUGGCUUCCCUAAGUAAUCGAUUGAAAAAAAGAGUUGAACGAGUAAACGGCAGCCACAUUAGAUAUCAAAGGGGCCUUCAGCGGUAGACGCAUAGUCUGUAAACAUGAACAGUUCUGGCGAUUUACAUAUAGAAGGAAAUAAAACAUUAUGAAGGCCUCAUCUAUGAAAUCUCGUGACUUCCAAACCCCCAUACUUUAACACGCUGUCUUCUUGUUUCAGAACUGUCAGAGUACGUAGCCUGCUUGGCCAACGAUUUAGUUUUGCCAAAGUUCGUGCAAGGGAAUCUCCCGGAAACCCUUGCUACGCACUGGUAAAUAUUCAAGAAAGUAGUUCAUAUGUCGUAAUUAUAUGAAGCACCGUAUUUGUUGGGUAGCCAGCCGUCCGCGCUCAUCAUAAACUCAUUAUAAACUCUGGACUGGUGAUCCAAAGAAGUUCGAAUAAAUGGUGAAGGGAGAAAUUUAAAAACAGAGUAAAUGAAAUUAAUAAAGUAAUAAUUAUAAUAGUUCUGAGGUACGCAAGUCAAGUAAGGAGUGUUUGCAUGCUUGAGUUAAGUUUUCGAGCUUAAGGCUGGUUUUAAAGAUCAAUUUUCACUAAUAAAGGGAGGCAUUACUACAAAACGCGUUUCACAAAUCUUAUAAAAUACUGUACUAGUGCAAAUCAUGGCAAAUACAUAAUGUAAUAUUCCACAAUAUCUAUGACCCAUUAGGGCUACAAACCCCUGGGGAUUUAUAACCAACAAAUAACGGCAUUAUAUAUCAAGUGCCUGAGCUUUUGUGAUUAGUUGGUAUGAUGGAUGACCUAACGAUUACUGGACUUCACGAGACCUUCACAGAACUAACUGGGCAGUGCACAGUUAGUUGAUAUGUGCAUAUCAGUGCACCUGCCACUGGGUCAAGACUACCCUCUAGACUCCUUUAACAAUGAUAUAUAUCUUUCGAAGUCGCUUUUGUUGUUUUUACAAAAGCGACUUGGAAAGAUAUACAUCCUUCUAAAUACAAAAUAUGUCAAUUAACGCAAAAAUAAUUGAGGUUUUAAUGCCCUGAACGAACCUACCAUUAGCGGCCUGUUGAGGGGCGGAGGGGAGGCAGGUGAGGGGGGAGGGGGGGGUGUGGGGAGGGGAUAAGAGUAAAGCUUUACUCAAGGUUGGACGUUGUGCUGCGGGGCUCAAAAUAACGCCCUGCCAACAGACAAUGUCCGGCCAAAAUCAUCGUUACAGUCAAACCUCUCGCUACGGGCACCUCUAUAAUACACCUCUCUAAUAAUACACCUCUCUAUAAUACACCUCUCUAUUACGGACAGUUCGUUUGGUCCCAGAAAUGCCAAAAAUAUCAUACACUGCCUACCUCUAUAAUACGGACACCUCUGUAAAGUGGACACUUGGUUCUGUCCCUUUGGUGUCCGUACUAAUAAGGAUUGACUGUAUUCGCAUAAUACAUUUCUAUUGUUUUCCCUUCAUUACCACCAUCACCUCUACAUUUCUAUUGUUCUCUCUCCAGCACCACAUUUCUAUUGUUUUCCCUCCACCACCACCACCACUACCACCACACUUCGAUUGUUUUCGUUCACAGCCGCCACCACCACCACAUUUCUAUUGUUUUCCCUACACCAUCACCACCAUACAGUCCACCCUCUUUAAUACGGACAUCAAAGGGACAGAACCAAGUGUCCACUUUACAGAAGUGUCCGUAUUAUAGAGGUAGGCAAUGUUUGAUUCCCUAUUUGGUAUUUCUGGGACCAAACGAACUGUCCGUAAUAGAGAGGUGUCCGAACCGAGAGGUUUGACUGUAUUUCUUUUGUUUCCCCAUGUUUAACUAAUAAACACGUUUCUUAUUUUCUAAUCACCCAACCGAAAACCAAGGUAUUUAUCGACCUUGAAGUAACUAGAAAACCUGUCAUACCGGUUAAACCACCGUAAAAUAGCAUACGACCUUAUCUUAAUUAGAUUCCACAGCAUUAUAUUCAUGAGAUGAAGACAAGAAGCUAUGACGCCAUUGGCGUUAAUAUAUUCCUGCGCUAGUUAAUGAGAUUCCAGCGCAUAAAAGGGUUUUAUUAAUUCGGUGCGCCCUAUACGACUUAAAGUGAUUCCUUAGCGCAAGAAUCUUGCAUAGAUUGUAGAUGAAACUUGGCACACUGAUGUAACAAGUCAAGAAGAUGAUAAAAAUGCAAUAAAAAGUGGGGGUCACCGUGCUCGUUUUCACGUCACAAUGCUGACAAUUACGGCUAUUUAGGACCCUUUGGCAGAAACCGCGCGCAGCCCAAAACUAGACAAAAAGGAUAUAUUUUUUCGAUGAUGCAUGUGGUAUCGCACAGAAUUUGAGUUAGCCUGCGAACAGGCCUUUGGUCGAGCGGGAAACUGGGAGGAGGGAAAAGCAAAAAGGGCUCUCUCCCCCCUCCCUUUCCUCGCUUUUUUUUCCCCAAACAGAGAGCCUGUUCACAGGCUAAAUUUGAGUUAAAUGUAAUGUUUAUCGACUUACUUGCGUACAGGAAAAAUGCCUUUUAAUGCCCUUGUUUUUCCUUUACGCUCCAAAGUAGCAGACUUAAUUUGGACACGCGCUAUUCGACCCGUUAUAGCUCAAUCCGUACAAUUUAGUAAAAUUGCCAAAAACCUGAACAUAGAUUUAUGUCAAUUUUUUUCUCAUUGAAAGGAAGCACUGUUCUUAUGAAAAUCAUGAAAUAAAAAAUAGGGAUCACCGCACCCGUUUUUGCGAUAGAGCUGCAGAAAGUGCCCCCAAAUGUAUUUCCUCCGAUUUUUGAGCGAGGACUGGGGCGAGUUUUAAAAUGGCAUGUAUGAAAGGAAGGGGGAAGAAAGCAUUAAAAAAUCUUUUUAUACAGAAUUUACAUCAACAUAUCACAGUUAGGACGCAAUGUGAUAAAGAUGGCACUAAAAUGAAAAUCAAAGUGAGUUAGCACAAGUUUAAUAUCCACUAUCAAGGUUCUCCUGAGGAAGUCGAACUCACAUUCCCAACACACACAGUCUCAUCUCGGCAAGAAACAACAGCAAGCGAAAAUUCCAAAAGCGUUUCUCCUCAGUCAACUUCAUUUUAAUAAUGUUACUUCUGAUGCUCUUUUUCACUUCGGCAAUCUUGUUAUGCGCAGUAAGAAGUGCGCAGUAAAUAACCAGCGACGUACCUCAGUUUAACCAUCUGAAAAUACAUGUACAUUAUAUGUUAGCUGUUUGCGGUCACAAAUUUGGAGAAUGCAGUACAGACGUUCACAUUCUACGGCUUUGUGAAUUCCGGAAACCCUUGCUACGCACUGGUAAAUAUUCAAGAAAGUAGUUCAUAUGUCGUAAUUAUAUGAAGCACCGUAUUUGUUGGGUAGCCAGCCGUCCGCGCUCAUCAUAAACUCAUUAUAAACUCUGGACUGGUGAUCCAAAGAAGUUCGAAUAAAUGGUGAAGGGAGAAAUUUAAAAACAGAGUAAAUGAAAUUAAUAAAGUAAUAAUUAUAAUAGUUCUGAGGUACGCAAGUCAAGUAAGGAGUGUUUGCAUGCUUGAGUUAAGUUUUCGAGCUUAAGGCUGGUUUUAAAGAUCAAUUUUCACUAAUAAAGGGAGGCAUUACUACAAAACGCGUUUCACAAAUCUUAUAAAAUACUGUACUAGUGCAAAUCAUGGCAAAUACAUAAUGUAAUAUUCCACAAUAUCUAUGACCCAUUAGGGCUACAAACCCCUGGGGAUUUAUAACCAACAAAUAACGGCAUUAUAUAUCAAGUGCCUGAGCUUUUGUGAUUAGUUGGUAUGAUGGAUGACCUAACGAUUACUGGACUUCACGAGACCUUCACAGAACUAACUGGGCAGUGCACAGUUAGUUGAUAUGUGCAUAUCAGUGCACCUGCCACUGGGUCAAGACUACCCUCUAGACUCCUUUAACAAUGAUAUAUAUCUUUCGAAGUCGCUUUUGUUGUUUUUACAAAAGCGACUUGGAAAGAUAUACAUCCUUCUAAAUACAAAAUAUGUCAAUUAACGCAAAAAUAAUUGAGGUUUUAAUGCCCUGAACGAACCUACCAUUAGCGGCCUGUUGAGGGGCGGAGGGGAGGCAGGUGAGGGGGGAGGGGGGGGUGUGGGGAGGGGAUAAGAGUAAAGCUUUACUCAAGGUUGGACGUUGUGCUGCGGGGCUCAAAAUAACGCCCUGCCAACAGACAAUGUCCGGCCAAAAUCAUCGUUACAGUCAAACCUCUCGCUACGGGCACCUCUAUAAUACACCUCUCUAAUAAUACACCUCUCUAUAAUACACCUCUCUAUUACGGACAGUUCGUUUGGUCCCAGAAAUGCCAAAAAUAUCAUACACUGCCUACCUCUAUAAUACGGACACCUCUGUAAAGUGGACACUUGGUUCUGUCCCUUUGGUGUCCGUACUAAUAAGGAUUGACUGUAUUCGCAUAAUACAUUUCUAUUGUUUUCCCUUCAUUACCACCAUCACCUCUACAUUUCUAUUGUUCUCUCUCCAGCACCACAUUUCUAUUGUUUUCCCUCCACCACCACCACUACCACCACACUUCGAUUGUUUUCGUUCACAGCCGCCACCACCACCACAUUUCUAUUGUUUUCCCUACACCAUCACCACCAUACAGUCCACCCUCUUUAAUACGGACAUCAAAGGGACAGAACCAAGUGUCCACUUUACAGAAGUGUCCGUAUUAUAGAGGUAGGCAAUGUUUGAUUCCCUAUUUGGUAUUUCUGGGACCAAACGAACUGUCCGUAAUAGAGAGGUGUCCGAACCGAGAGGUUUGACUGUAUUUCUUUUGUUUCCCCAUGUUUAACUAAUAAACACGUUUCUUAUUUUCUAAUCACCCAACCGAAAACCAAGGUAUUUAUCGACCUUGAAGUAACUAGAAAACCUGUCAUACCGGUUAAACCACCGUAAAAUAGCAUACGACCUUAUCUUAAUUAGAUUCCACAGCAUUAUAUUCAUGAGAUAAAGACAAGAAGCUAUGACGCCAUUGGCGUUAAUAUAUUCCUGCGCUAGUUAAUGAGAUUCCAGCGCAUAAAAGGGUUUUAUUAAUUCGGUGCGCCCUAUACGACUUAAAGUGAUUCCUUAGCGAAAGAAUCUUGCAUAGAUUGUAGAUGAAACUUGGCACACUGAUGUAACAAGUCAAGAAGAUGAUAAAAAUGCAAUAAAAAGUGGGGGUCACCGUGCUCGUUUUCACGUCACAAUGCUGACAAUUACGGCUAUUUAGGACCCUUUGGCAGAAACCGCGCGCAGCCCAAAACUAGACAAAAAGGAUAUAUUUUUUCGAUGAUGCAUGUGGUAUCGCACAGAAUUUGAGUUAGCCUGCGAACAGGCCUUUGGUCGAGCGGGAAACUGGGAGGAGGGAAAAGCAAAAAGGGCUCUCUCCCCCCUCCCUUUCCUCGCUUUUUUUUCCCCAAACAGAGAGCCUGUUCACAGGCUAAAUUUGAGUUAAAUGUAAUGUUUAUCGACUUACUUGCGUACAGGAAAAAUGCCUUUUAAUGCCCUUGUUUUUCCUUUACGCUCCAAAGUAGCAGACUUAAUUUGGACACGCGCUAUUCGACCCGUUAUAGCUCAAUCCGUACAAUUUAGUAAAAUUGCCAAAAACCUGAACAUAGAUUUAUGUCAAUUUUUUUCUCAUUGAAAGGAAGCACUGUUCUUAUGAAAAUCAUGAAAUAAAAAAUAGGGAUCACCGCACCCGUUUUUGCGAUAGAGCUGCAGAAAGUGCCCCCAAAUGUAUUUCCUCCGAUUUUUGAGCGAGGACUGGGGCGAGUUUUAAAAUGGCAUGUAUGAAAGGAAGGGGGAAGAAAGCAUUAAAAAAUCUUUUUAUACAGAAUUUACAUCAACAUAUCACAGUUAGGACGCAAUGUGAUAAAGAUGGCACUAAAAUGAAAAUCAAAGUGAGUUAGCACAAGUUUAAUAGCCACUAUCAAGGUUCUCCUGAGGAAGUCGAACUCACAUUCCCAACACACGCAGUCUCAUCUCGGCAAGAAACAACCGCAAGCGAAAAUUCCAAAAGCGUUUCUCCUCAGUCAACUUCAUUUUAAUAAUGUUACUUCUGAUGCUCUUUUUCACUUUGGCAAUCUUGUUAUGCGCAGUAAGAAAUGCGCAGUAAAUAACCAGCGACGUACCUCAGUUUAACCAUCUGAAAAUACAUGUACAUUAUAUGUUAGCUGUUUGCGGUCACAAAUUUGGAGAAUGCAGUACAGACGUUCACAUUCUACGGCUUUGUGAAUGCCACUUAGCGGUUGCUAACUGUAUUAAGUUUAGAAACAUCACAAUACGGUUUUUUCAGCAUUUUCUACUAAAAAUAAUGUAUCGAUCGAGUUUUGAUUGGCCGUUUUUACAGGCAGCACCGCGGUACGUGCUUUAUAUCGAGUGCCUCUUGCGAGGGAACACGACGAGCUGGAAAGAAAGCGUUGCAAAUGGGAAAUAUGCUUGCUCUCGUGGAAAUGAGCUGCGAGUUUCAUACAAACUGUAACUGUAGUACUGUAAUACUUUAGUCUUGGUAAUGACGCAUAAAAGAGGAAAGCUAUUCCUCAAUUAGAUUAUUCUGAUUUUUCUAUUGCUGUGCUUUGACAUAUUAACUCAAGAAAGAUGUGGCAGUUGAUAAAGGCUGGAUACCAUUUUUUUCCCGUAUCUUUGACUUGAAAUACUUUCUGAAAUAACUUACUAAUAAAUAAAUAAAUAAAUAAUCAACUUUAUUUAACGAGGGUAACACGGGACAGUACUGCAACUGAAUAACUAGCGGCCCUCAAACUAAAUUAUAAAACAAAAAUUAAGUGACAAAAUACAUAUCGUUAACCUGAUGUUCUUCCUUGGCACAUUUUUUGCUAGAUCCGAAUCAAACAUGGAGUACACUUUAGAACAAUUAAACUAUUUUAGAGCAUGUUACAUCGCCUUCAACUUAGUUCCCCAAGGGCUUCGAAAAGUCUUCAAACAAGAGUGGGAUUUCCUUUACAAGACAACUCCGUUUGGGGAAUGGAAAGAUAUUUCACAAAAUGGCCGCGAUUUCUACAACAAAGAAUCACGAAAGAGUCACACAAACAAUGCGCGACUUUUGGCGACAAUACAAAGGGGAAACACAGCUGAGUGGGAUUGCAGUUGCCUGUUUUUUGCUAUUUUGUACUCGGAUUGCAUUGGCAGUACUCUUAGUCCAGCAGUCAGAAACGAAGUUGACGAUCUCCGACAGGUUCGAAAUGAUAUCGCUCACUUGAACGAGGUUGAACUUACUGAUGCUGAAUUCCAUAAUUAUGUAGCGAGAGUGUUAGCUGCUUUUAAUUCACUGAAGCUUCCAAUAAAUGAAGUCGAUGAUAUCAAAAACCAGACAGACUUUCCAACAGCUGAAGUAAAUAGCCUUAAAAUGCAGGCUGAUAAUCUUAGAACUGACUUGAAAACUCAAAAACGAGAAAACAAAAAUCUAACAUCUGAAUUACAAUUGACUCAAGCCACAUUACAGACAAAGCAGAACGAAGUGAAAACACUCGGCGAGGGUUUAAAAACCGUAGAAGAAGAAAAAAGAAAUCUAACCUCGGAAUUACAAUCGACCCAAGCAACAUUACAGACAAAACAGGAAGAAGUAGAAACUUACUCAGGAAAUCAAUUCCAAAGUCGACUCUUUCUGUACUCUGACAUUCAAGCCAUCACAUAAAAUCAUCCAACGAUCAAGUGAUGUCAAAAGAAUCAUGAAAAAACUGGACGAGCUUUACAACGAAAGUAAUGGAGCUAUCAGCACCAUUUAUCUAUCAGGAAUACCAGGCUGCGGAAAAAGCCAAUUAGCUCGACAACUGGGACUGGAUAUUUUUGAUAGGAGGUUGCAUGAGAACGACAGUCUUACGUUUGUUGCAACCCUAAAUACAAAAACCCUGGAUUCACUUGCAGAGUCCUAUUCCAGUCUGGCAAGACAUUUGGGAAUAACAGAAUACACUCUGACCAACCUCGAGACUUCUACUAAGGGGAACCCAAGAGAAAAAAUCCAGUAUCUGAGGCGAGCCAUUUAUCCAAAGACGAAGCAAUUCUCUAACUGGUUGAUAAUUGCAGAUGAUGUUGUUGACCUAUCAUUGGUUAGUAGAGAUCUACCCCCGACCGGCAGUGAAGAGUGGGGCCAUGGUCAGGUGCUAAUAACUACUCAAGAUAGCAGCUCAAUACCCUCCAAUGCUCCACUUACUUACCAUGAGUCUAUUAGCAAAGGAAUGCAUCCCGAUGACGCAGUGAACCUAUUACGACAGGUAUCUCAGAUUCAGGAUCAGAACCAAGCUGAAAAAGUCGCUGAAGUUCUCGAGUAUCAGCCACUUGCUUUAGCAGCGGCUGCCUUUUAUGUACAAACCAUUGUGGUCAGUGGUUCUCCGAACUGCAGUUGGAAAAACUACUUGGAGGCACUUUCCCACGGCGAGCGUGAAGCGACAGAAACACUUCUUGCAAACCAAAACAUAGCGUAUUCCGAAACAACAACUACUGCCAUCCAAAUGGCAAUUAUGAGAGCUUUAGAAAGUAAUGACGUUCUUCGAGAAGUAUUGUAUUUGUUUUCUCUUUGUGCACCUGAGUCCCUUCCGAUGGAAGUCGCUGUUGACUUCGUUAAAUUACGUAUCACUGGGCAAUCAGGAGAAUUGAUAAAAACUAAAUUUUUCAAAGCUUCUUUAUUGUCUUGUUUGCAAGACAAAGACGGCAAAUAUCCUUUUUUAAGGACGCACAACAUCGUUCAUAAAGUGCUCAAGAAAGUUAUAACAUCUAAAAUUGAUGCAACAGAUAGAAUUCAGUGCAUUUCUAUUGUUAUUGAAAUCUUUCAAUCUUUAAUGGAAAAAAACAGAAAUCUGUUGCAUUCAAGUAGGCAUGUGUUUGCUAAGUUACGUUUAAUUACGAGUCAUUGUAAAGAAUUGCAUGUAAUUGUUAACACCGAUUUUACGAAAUCAAAAAUGUUCGUGAAUUCAAUCACCCCCAGAAAGUUAGUUUUGUGGCUUUCCUUAGCCGCUGAUCUUUGCCGUAGCCUUAGUAAUCCGUCGGAUGCAUAUCUUUUUAAUACGUCAAUCUGCAAUUUUAUGCAUUUUCUUAACAAUUUCAAAGAAGACAAAGUGUUAAAAGCGAACACGUACAACAUACAAGGAAAUGUUUACAGAAACCUUGGCCAGUACAGUGAAGCUAAAGAAUACUAUGAGAAGGCUCUGAUCAUUAGAAAAGAGAUUUAUGCUGAACACCAUGGCGACGUAGCUGCAAGCUACAACAACCUUGGAACUGUUUACAGUGACCUUGGCCAGUACGGUGAAGCUAAAGAAAACCAU